AUGGGCACUCUGGAGCAACUUGGGCAGGCAGAGACCUUCCAGAGAGCUGCAGAUCAGGGAGCUCUGCUGAACUUCCUAAAUGCCAGUGAGCCGGAGAUGCUGGAUGCUUCCUUGCUGCUGUAUCCCACUGAAGGGGAUGUGAAGAAGGAGUCAUUGGGUCUCCCUCUGAUCCCCCCGAUACGCAGGGCAGUCCGUCCUGCAUUGUGCAAGUUGGCUCAGAAGAACUUAGAGCGGAAGAAAAUGGAGCUGUUUGAGAAGGAGCUCAAGAGAAGGAGGCAAACAGAAACAUCCUUGCAGCUGCCUCCACAGACAGUUGACACUGGGGAUGCAGAAGAAGCAAGCUUUAGCCUACUGCCUGUCAAUGGCACAGCUUCCAGUGUGCAGAGAAAACACCCUGGUAGUGCCUUGAAGAAGAAGGUCUUGAGGAAGCAGGACAAUGUGCCCUCACUGCCCAAUAUGCCCACCAUCCACGGGGAUGGCAGCUUCCCACGCAACUCCUCAGUGACCUCGCAGACGGCCUCUGGUGCCAAGUGUCAAGAGGAGCCACUGCGUGGGAACAGGCAGAAGGACACAGCCUCUUGUGACCCACAGCAGGCCUUGCUCAAGGCACUCUCCUUGCUGGGCAGCGAUGACUGGGAGCUGAAGGAGAAGGCACUCUCCAGCAUCGGACAGCUGGCUGGGUCCCAUUCAGAAGUCGUCCUUUGUAGACUUCGUGACGUUUGCCUGGCAGUUACCAGCGAGGUGAGCAACCUCCGCUCCAAGGUGUCCUACGCUGCAAUCGUCACUCUUGGAGAGCUCUUUGCAGCCUUGAAGAAGGACAUGGACUCCGUGGUGAAUGAGGUUGCUCGGGUCCUGCUCCAGAUGGUUUGGAAUUCCCCAGAGUUUCUUGAGAAAGCAGCCAAUCAGACCCUGGGGAUCAUGGUGGAGAACGUGACUCCUGCACGAGCACUGGCUGCUCUCAUGGACAGGGGAGCCAAGAGCCGCUAUGUUGAGGUGCGGAAGUGUGCGGCCAAACUCCUCCUGUCCUUGAUGGGGAAAAUUGGAGUCACGAAGCUCGCAGGCACACCCAGGGCUGAGAGCCUGGCGCAGGUGGUGGGGAAGCUUGCUCAGGACUGUCACAAGGACACAAGGCACUAUGGACAGGAGAUGGUGAAGAUGAUGCUAAGUCAUCCAAAAUUUAAAAGGCUUUUGGAGCAAUCUGUUUCUACCCGUGACCUGGAAGAUAUUCUGAUUAGAAUUAAGAAGAAAGAGAUGGAAAACCAGAAGGGUGAAGGCCCAUCUGCCAAGAUGCCGGUGAAGAAGAGCAGCGAUUCCUCAAAGAAGCCCCAGGCCACAUUGCCUUCUAGUAAACGGGUGAAGUCUACCUCUGAGGGACGCCUCCUACACCGUGCAAAAGCCCAGGUCACGUUACCUCCAGCUGUGGAAGAAACGGAGCCACUCCAGAAGCUUUACGAUCUCCUGGAAGCCAAGGGGUUUCAGACACGGCUGGAAGGAGUGGCAUUCCUUCUCGAGCUGUGCAAAACCCGCCCCCAGCUCAUCUCCACUAACAUUGUCCAAAUUUUUGAUUAUUUUGUCCUGAGAAUAUCUGACAGCCACAAGAGGGUGAAGCAGAAGGCGCUGGACGCGCUGGCAGAAAUCAUUGGCAUCCUGGGAGAUGCCUUGAGCCCGGUGAUCAUCCAUUUGGUGGAAGAAAUUACAAACAACUUGAACUCAAAGGAUCCCGGGGUUCAUUCUGCAGCUGUGAAAGCUCUGGAAGAAUCCAUUUCUCAUUUAGAUAAAGUAUCACUGAUGAAAGAGUUUGGCCACAGAUGGAGUAAACUGAGUGGCCAAGCUCUGCUGGAUGUCACAGAGCGUAUCACAGUGCUUGUGGAAUGGGUUUAUCCCAGGAGCCCUGAAGUCGUCCAGCGCUACGCCCUGCCCGUGCUCUGGUCCUUCCUGGGGAACAAGGCGCUGCCUGUGCGAAGCGCCAAUGUCCGCACUGUGGUCACCAAGCUUGCCUCUGCCCUCUACAAGGUGAUGGGCACCAAGCUAAGGAAGUGUGCUGCCAGCCAGCCUCCACAUGUGCGGGAAAACCUCUCCAGCAUCUUGGGCUGGUGA